AUGGAAGUGUUCCUAUACAAUUCUACGGUCUGUCGACUGUGUGGAGAAGAGAAUGAUAACGGUAAUUUAUUAUAUGCAAGUGAAGAAAAUAACCAAAAUCUCAGUGAAAUUAUUAAUAAAUAUUUACCCAUUAAGGUAUCAGAUGAUGGACAAUUACCUCGAACUAUAUGCCCUGGAUGUACGAUCCAGUUGGAGGCAAUGGUUGAAUUCCUGAACUUAAUAAUAAAUGGCCAGAAAAUUUUAAGAGAGCUUCAUCAAAGAGAAAAAGAAUACAAGAAGUCAUUUGCACCCUCAAAUGAUCCUGAAAUUAUCACCGAGAAAAUAGUUUAUGAGAUAAACACUAGUAAUGGUGUUUAUCAAAUUGAGCAUCCAAUAGCUCUUCAAGUGGCUGGACUAGAAAAGCCUAAAAGGAAAAGAGGAAGACCACCAAAAAAACCAAAGAGUCCUGAGGAAUUGGCCCAGGAAGUUGCUGUCAAGAUACAUGAAGAAAAAAAUAAAAAUGAGGGUAAUGACAGUGAUGAGCCUACUGGCAAGAGGCGCAGGAAAACUCCAAAAAGAUUUAAGGAAGUAGUUCAGGGAAAAGAACUUGAAAGAAUAUUUAAAGAAGAAGGUGUGACUGAUGGUGAAGACAGUGACACAGAUAGUAAGCAAGUUACAGAAAAAUGCCCGAAAAUUCCAGUUUCAAAAGAGCCUGAAGUUAUAGGACACAUGGAGACAUCUGGAGAGUUGGUUGUUGUGGUAAAAGGAAAGGGUCGGGGUAGACCAAAAGGGCGUACACGUCAGACCCGUGAACAUUGCAUGAUAUGUGGAAUGAUGUUUUCAAGUGUUGGACGCUAUAUGUCUCACAUUGCACGACAUGGACCUGUUUUAUAUCAGUGCACCCAGUGUGGCGAGACUUUCUCGACCAGGUUAAAGUUUAAUGAUCACCAAACUGAGACUAGCCAUGUUGGGCAGAAUAUCCUUCAAUGUAAGGAUGUGACACCUACGGAGCAAGAAACUGGGAACUCUGGCGUGUCAACCGAAAAUUCUUCAAAAAACAGCACUGAUUCAAUGCCAUUGGCAUCAGUAGAAAAAUUAGUUAGUAAUGUCCAAUCGACGUCCUUGCCUGAAGCAUUGCCUGGUUUGAACGAUGCACCAUCAUUGGAUAUAAAAAGUGAAGCUUUUGAAGGAAAUAACUUAGCAGAUGCAAUCAAUGUAAAAGCUGAAACUGAUGGUCAAGAAAACAAUGACACGAGUGAUAAGUUAGCAGAGUCUGAAGUUGAACAGCAAGCUGACAAUAACAAGUUCAAAUGCAAUCAAUGCGAUAAAAUUUUCAACAGCAAGCAAAGCAGAUCACUUCAUGUUAAGGCGGUCCAUCAAGGCGAGCGGCCCUACAAGUGCGUCGAGUGCGGGGCCGCCUUCGGCUACCCCCGCUCCCUGGCUCUCCACGCGAUAUCGCAUCGGCGCAAGACCUCCUCCAAGGGCUACGCCUGCGACCUCUGUGGGAAGGUGCUGAACCACCCGUCGUCGGUGGUGUACCACAAGCAGGCGGCGCACGCGGGCCAGCGGUUCGUGUGCGGCACCUGCGGGAAGCACUUCCGCCACAAGCAGCUGCUGCAGCGCCACCAGCUGGUGCACUCGCAGCUGCGCCCCUUCGCCUGCAAGUCUUGCAACGCCACGUUCAAGACGAAGGCGAACCUGAUCAACCACCAGCUGUUGCACUCUGGCAUCAAGAAGUACAGCUGCGAGAUCUGCAAGCACAAGUUCGCGCACAAAACCAGUCUCACGUUGCACAUGCGAUGGCACACGGGCGUGAAGCCGUACUCGUGCAAGAUGUGCGGCAAGUGCUUCAGCCAGAAGGGCAACCUGCUCGAGCACGAGCGCAUCCACACGGGCGAGAAGCCGUACCAGUGCGCCUGGUGCCCGCGCAGGUUCACCACCUCCUCGCAGCACCGGCUGCACGCGCGGCGCCACGCGCCCGACCGCCCGCACGCGUGCGCCCACUGCGGCAAGAGGUACGCGACCCCACCCCCUGCCACCCGCCACGGGACUGGAUCGGGA